ACUCCGACGAGGUACCACGAGGCACAUGAGCCCACGAGCAAAACAAUCGAAAAGAGCAUGCGUUUCAUUGAUCCUUUGCCAAUGGCGGCUGUCUUCAAUAUGUCUUCAAGUCGAGAAGUUCUACAACUUUACCGUCAGAUGUUAAGAAUGGGGAGUGCAUUUACCAGUUAUAACUUCAGGUGUGUAGUGCUCCUCAUGCUUUCUUAUCAAAAAGAAGAUUUUGCCCGAUAUUUUGCAAAUGCUGUUUUUUAUCUCUAAAUUUAACCAUCCCUCCCUGAAACGUUGUUGCCAAAUUUCUACCUUUCAUUACGUAACCUCGAUCUUAGGAAGAGAGUCUGUCCAGUAUGUAUCUUAAGCGCAGUUCUAUAAAGAUGGACGCUGGUGUAGAUUUUCUCGUUGUAUCUUACCCUUUAGUCACAACGCUUACGAAAUAACUUAACAUCGCUCAAGGCAUGCACGUGGUUCAUAUUCCAAGGGAAUAACUUAAUGAGUCCCAGACCUCCUUGUUGACAUUGGUUAGCUGUUGACUGACAUUUGGUUGUCAUAUGACCGCUUUGUUUGGUCCAUUUCAUCAUUCCAGUUGUUUCUUUGGUAAAAUUUCCGCACAGCCCCCUACUACGUUAUGCAUUCAGUUCUUGGAUAGACAAAACAAUGACAAAAACUAUACAUUGCCUUUGGGAAAACAGAUUUGUUUUACAAUAGUAUGGGGCUGUGCGGAAAUGUUACCAUUUCUUUCCCCUCCCUCCAAUUUGUCAAGCCCUCAGGGGCUCCUCAUUUGCUUGUUGAGGGGGUGAAAGGGGUUUUUGCAUGAUGCAGAAUUAGUUCUUUUUUAUUUGUUCACAACCUAUGAAAAUAAUGUUUCCAAAGGGUCUUGAUAUUAGCAGGCAAGUCAAGAUUUUAAAGAAAGUAACAAAACUUUGAAGUCUGUAAAACAUGUUGCGACAGAAACUUCUGUCAUCAUCAGUUAAUUAUAUAAUAAGUAGAACAAUGCUAAUUAUGAUAAAUAGUGACAACAAAAAAGGGGUAAAGCAUGAAAGUGUGAGAAUUAAAAAGAUAGUUUUAGAUUUACAUGGUGUAAUUGUUGAUUCAAGGAUGGUUAUGGUUGUUCUCUUUGAAUAUGAAUAGCCUCUUUUAUCUUGAGUUGAAAACCGGUAGAGGCAUGAUCUAAAACAUGGAAGUUAUCUGCUGAACAUAAAGUGCAGAUUCUUUCAGAUGCUUGAAAAUGUGACAGGCCAUGUCACUGUCUAAGUGUUCUCUAACACUUGUGGAAAAAUGCCAGCAGGUUUCACCGACAUAACAGGCAUUAUGGCCAGCACAUACAAACUUAUAAACCACUUGUGAACAGAGCCCAUUAGGGACAGGGUCUUUCGCACCAAACAAGUGGCCGAUUUUGAACGAAGCAAAAAUCAGUUUAAUAUCCAAGUCAUUGCAAUAGCACUUAGUAAAAUGGUGAAUCUUUUUUCAAGUGAUAGCAGAAAAAUGGCCUAUCUAGGGUAGCUCAAAGUAAAACAUAAGUGAAGUGGUGGGAAGGGAACCCCAGGGGAUGAUGAUCGCUUUGGGUCCCAGUGAUGUAACGGUUUAUAAUCUUCUCGAUUGAAUGAGCAGGGAAAAGAUUCUUUUUUAGAAUAUCAGUAAGUUUGUUAAUGUCCUCAUGAAACCCCAACCAGGUGUUAUUAAUCUUGUAGGCCCUAUCGAUGAGAGUCUUAAUGAGACCCACUUUGUAAGAGUAUGAGGUGAAGCUGAAAUUAGUUAAUUAGUUAGUGACCCAGUGAAAAUUUUACUUGCAGUAAACACUAGUUAGAGAGGAAUUGGGGUCAUGGUUGUUAGUCAGGACAUCUAAAAAGGGUAAUUUGUGAUUAACCUGCUUUCCUAUAGUGAACCUGAUGUUAGGGUGCCUAGAGUUGAUAUAGUGGAAAAAUAUAGUGGCAUCGCAAUCUGAGUUAAAUAAGCAAAAAGUAUCAUCAACAUACCAACGAUAAAAUAAAAUUGUAGAGCCAUAAAAAUUUUGCAACCAAAGUUUUUCAUGAUGUCCCAUGAAAAGGUUAGCUAAGACAGGAGCAGGGGAGACCCCAUGGCUACACCAUCUAUUUGAUCAUAAAAAGAACCAUUAAAUAUGAAAUGAGUCUGGGCAGUAGCUGUAGUGAAGAGGCUUCUAAGGUCAGGUUUGCUUAGCUUAAUGUUGGGAUUGCCCUUGGAAAUGUAAUUGACCGCUAAGUCAAUACACUCCUCAAGGGGUAUGUUAGUAUAGAGACUUUCAACAUCAAAAGAAACCAUAAACUUACAAGACAUAGAUAAAGAUUGGAAACUGAUUUACUUUCUCAUUUUUGCUGUGUUCUGCAAUAGGAGUGUAGCAGGGGAUAAUUUACAAAGUUUUCAAUAUUAAAAAAAUAUAAAAAAAUAAAUAAAAAAUUGGAGCCCACAAGCAAAGGAAACACUUGAAAUCUUGUUGGGGUUGACUGUACUCUGCAGAGAAUACCAAAUCCUUGUGGUUAACUUAGGUGUUACACAAAUAGGUCUACAAAGCAUGUGGACUAGAACAUUUUUCAAUAGCAAGCUUGAUCCUUAAUAGCAACUUUGUUGGCAAUCAAAACAAAGAGCAUAGCUCAAGGAUCCAAAAAAAAAAAACACAUAAGACCCACUUUAAACACUAAACUUUUGAUGACAUAACCCAAUACCUUGAAUUAAACACAUGAAAAGUUCAGCAUCCAUGUCAACUUAUUUUAAAAGCAAAUACUUCAAUUUUGGAUGGCCCAGCUGCUCUCUUUUCCAGGCUUGGCAGAAAAUUUGUGCAUGAAACAGCUUUGGAAUGGAUUCUUCACAAACUCACAUACUUUCAUAAGCAAAACUGAAUGCUUAAUUUACUUUGAAGCAGUUUUCUUGUAAAAGCUACUUGGAACAGCUGUAAAAAAUGAUUGAAUCCUGGAUCUCCAUCAACUGGCCUUUUUUUGUUAUUUGAGGAGGUCAGAUAAAUGGCAUACAAAAAAGGCUUAGCGUACCAAAUUCAAUCUUUUUUUUGUGGAGGUAAAUCUGAGGAAUUUCUCUUUUAAUGGAUGUUGUUUAAAUCUUUAUGUUAGGAUGUAUGCCACCAGAAGAAUAAAAGAUGCCUUCAGAGAAAACAAAGAUAUCUCAGAUCCAGAAAAAAUCAGGACACUAAUUAAGAGAGCAGAGGAUAGUUUACAAGUAAUGAAAAGACAGGUACCUGUUCAUCUUUUUCUUAUUCUUUACUUGCCAUUUUUCUUUUAUCAAAGUUAUCAGGAUUAG